UUAUUACUGCUCAUCACUCUAAACCACAAGCCAACACAUACAUGCCAUUACUAAUCAACAUUCAUCUGCAGCACACCAUAUAUUCAUCGGAACGUACACACAGACAUGGCAGCAAAGAAAGGAUCCAUGUAUGUCUACAAGUUCGAGAAUCCCAAGGCGCCAGAGCCAAAGAAAGCCAUCUUCGGAGGUUGGCCCGGGCUGAGGAGAUCCAAAACCUGCCGCGAAACCCAAGGCGGUCGACCGGAUUAUUGGAAGAAGGCGGCGGAGGGAGACGGCGGGGUGAAUCCGACGGUGGAAGCAGCGGCGGCGAGGAAGUCGGUUUCGUCGAGAAAAUCAGUGUGCAAUAUAGAAGUGAACGUGGGGUCAGCGGCAAGCUUGCUUCAGGUGAAAGUUAUGGCGAGUGACAUGCCAGGGUUUAUGCAACUGCAUGCCUUUAGAUGUGCGAGGACUACUUAUGAUAGCUUGGAGAAGUUUAGUUCUAAGCACUUGGCUUACAACAUUAAGAAGGAAUUUGAUAGAGUGUAUGGACCGGCCUGGCAUUGCAUUGUGGGCUCAAGUUUCGGGUCAUUUGUAACCCACUCAACAGGUUGUUUCCUCUAUUUCUCAAUGGAGAAGCUUUAUAUUUUAGUGUUCAAGACUAAAAUUCAAAAAGCUUUACACAAUUAAAUAUAUCUUUAUUCAUGAUAUCCUUCAAAUCGUUAGACUCUUCUUCUCUUUUUUUCUUUUUAAAAUUUGUAUUUUUAUUAAAAGCUAUAUAUUGUUUUUAAAAACUAUUUAUAGAAAUGUAAAUAAUGAAAAGUGAGUGAAUAUUUUAUCUUUUU